ACGAGUGAGUGAGAGUGGGUCUAGAACCAACUGCUCUGUUAUAAGUGAUACACAGGACAUUCAUCAUCCCAUCUAGAAUUUUCUACUUUGAAUAUUUUGACUCGUUGAUGAAGAGGAGCACCUGAAGCAACGUGGAAAAUGCCAUCUACUCUAACCACAAAGACGACCCAGACAUAUAAAACUCCAGUAAAUGGAUCACAGUCUACUGACGUUCCUGUGAAGCGACUGGAGAAGGUGGACAGGAUGGUGCAAAAAGCCAGAGUGAAAAGCCAGAGCCCCGGGUCCCUCUCACCAGCCAGGAGACAGAACAAGGAGAGGGAAAUCAAGGAGACCAAAACCACAAUCAACUUCGUUACGUUUCCAUUGGCACAGUCUACGCCUGAGCAACAACUCCUCAAACCCAAUGAAUGGAGCUACUGCGACUAUUUCUGGGCCGAUAAAAAAGACCCUCAGGGGACGACCACGGUAUCGGGCUUCGAGGUGCUGCUACAGAAACAGCUGAAGGGCAAACAGAUGCAGAAGGAAAUGGCUGAAUUCAUCAGGGAACGAAUAAAGAUUGAAGAAGAGUAUGCCAAGAACCUCUCCAAGCUUUCCCAGAUUCCGCUUGCUGCUCAAGAAGAGGGGACACUCGGUGAGGCUUGGGCCCAGCUAAAAAGAAGUUUGGCUGAUGAAGCAGAGGUGCAUCUCAAAUUCUCUUCAAAGCUUCAGUGUGAGGUGGAGAAGCCACUGCUGACGUUCAGAGGGGACAACUUCAAGAAGGACAUGAAGAAAUAUGACCACCACAUUGCUGACCUGCGGAAACAGCUGGUCAGUCGUUAUGCUGCUGUAGAGAAGGCUCGCAAGGCUUUGGCGGAUAGGCAAAAGGACCUGGAGGUGAAGACGCAGCAACUGGAGAUUAAACUGAGCAACAAGACUGAAGAGGACAUCAAGAAGGCCCGAAGGAAAUCCACUCAAGCAGGUGAUGACUUGAUGCGCUGUGUGGAUCUCUACAAUCAAGCUCAAUCUAAGUGGUUUGAAGAGAUGAUCACUACAAGUCUGGAGUUGGAAAGGCUUGAAGUGGAGAGGGUGGAGAUGAUACAGCAGCACCUGCUCCAGUACACAACUCUACGUCGUGAGACAGACAUGUUCAACCAAAGUACCCUGGAGCCAGUGGACCAGCUCCUCCGGAGUGUGGUUCCAGCCAAAGACAGAGAACUAUGGGUACGGGAGCACAAGACAGGGGAUCUGAGACCUGUGGACAUGGACAUUUAAAGGUCACUAACCCCCAUAUUAGAAGACAACCACACACACCCCUCACACACUUUUCAAGUCUGCCUGUCUGUCUGUACAACACUCCAAGUUCUCGGGCCAAAGCCAUAACAGCAUUGUCCCACUCAAGCCAGCAUUCGCAUCCUUCAAUAUUUUCCAUGGACUUACAACCUUACAAAGAGUGGUGAUAUCAUUUAUAUCCAACAGGUCACAGGCAGAGUGCAUUAAUCUACUCAGCACUUCCUUUUGCAUGAUUAAAAAUCCACCAGCCUUAUCGAUCAGCACACACAGAUCUUGUCGGUUUACUUCCUGAUUCAACACGUUAUUCAUAUGCAUUUACAGACAAACUUUUUAAAAUAAUUAUUGAAGUUAAACAACAGUCAGGCAACAUAUGGAAACACAUACGAAUGCUGAAAUAUGACACCAUUAUGGAAGCAUGCAGGCCAUUAUUUCUGUAAAAUAAUGGUUCAAAAAAAAAAAAAGAGGAAAAUCAGUCAUUUAUCGUAGUGUUCAAAAUCCGUUCUGCAGGUAAAUCCAGCUGCAGUCUGACAUAGCCAGCAGUCUAAACCUAAAUAACCAGCAUGAUCCCAGAUGUAGAAUUUGUGAAAAAUAAUAUUCUAUUCUAGUGUCACUGUAUAGUUAUGUUGUUAUAUCUGUAAUGUAAUUGCAAUGAGAAAUUAUAUGGAAUUUUUAUUACAUUCAUACCCUACCUAAAUCUGCAACAUGAACUCUUCCUAACAAAAAUAAUAAUAAUAAUAAUAAUAAUAAAUAAUGACAACAACAAAAAAAAGAAUAAUAAAAACAGCCUAAACAAAAUGCAUUAUCUAGGUACGGAUAUUUUUUAAAAAUAUUUUUGCAGACGUGUUUUGCAAAGAAGCAUGUAGUUCUUAGAAAAUGCAGUGAUGAAUAGUUUGGUUUCAUCUACGGAAUAAUAUUUGUGUAAAAACAGUUCCAGCCCACUGACUGUGUCCAUAGAGUAUGUGUCUGCAAAACACUGUAUUCAUAAGCCCAAUCAUGUAAUUUUUCCUCAAGCAAUGCCAAGAAACUUCUUUAUGCAGAACAUGAUCAACUACAUCAUAAUCUCAUUCUGCUUUCAUUUCAAGUUAAGAUAGAGAAGUUACUAUAGCUGGUGUUUAAAGCUGAGUGUAGAAACUGCUUUAAUUUAAAUAAAGAAGACGCAUUAAUUUGUCACAUAUACAUGUAUAUUACUGUACUUGUACAGUAUAUGUGACAGUAAAAUGUGACAUCAUGAUUUGUAUUAUGUACACUCUUGGAAUGGAGGGUUCUUUAAGGGUUCUUUAAGACUUUAAUGUAUAUUUAAAAGGUUCUCUGCUACUACUCUUUCUGAAAGUAAUCACACUGUUGUAUAGGUCUAUGUAGAACCUUUAAGGAACCUCCCAGAGGGACAACAGACGAGCCCUUAAGGUUUCUAAGAGUGUAUAAUGUACACCUUUUAGUGCCUAAAGUUUCGUCUUGGAAUGUUCAUGAUAUGUUAUAUGUUUGUAUAUAGAUGUAAAUAUGUGUAUGUGUGUGUGUGUGUGUGUGUGUGUGUGCGCGUGUGUUGUUUCUUUUUUGGUGUCUGCAAAUGUCAUAAGCAUAUCCUCCGCAAAUCCUUGUGGAAUAGUAAGUUAAUGUGGGUUUGUUCACGUAUUAAGAUCUCGGUUAAACAUUCUUAAAUCGAGACCUGUUCAUGUUGGGAAAGGGGGGGGGGGGAUGGGGGGGCAGCUGAAUACUGUAGGCAUUAGAUCAUUUAUAUAAUAUUGGCAAAAUGUAUUUCAGAUUUUCACCUCCCUCACACAUUUGAGGUCCUGAUUCUUAAUCUAGAAAUGAAGCAACAAGAUUUAAUUGUAAACCGGAUUAAUUUACACCAAAAUUGUGGUAUUCAUGAAAAGCAGGUUAAUUUCAUAUUUAAAAAAAUAUAUCAUUCAUACCCUACAAGAGCUGAGUUUGUACAUACUUAUGUAGAAGGAGACUCUCUUGAGUGACUGCUUUAAAACAUAUUUACAGUAUAAUCAUGUAAUUGAUGAGGUACUUGAGAAAGCAAUCUGAAAUAAGUUGAUGAAUUAAAAGAAGACAUGAGGAAGAGUUAAUGUAAAUCUGUGGUAGUGAACAUUGUAUAACAUUGUGUGAGGACCACACUCGCUCACCAUGCUUGUUUCUCAUGAAGUAAUCAUGUUAUGGGUUUAUUUUAAGGACCUUUUUAUUGAUGUAAAACACCAAUGUCACUAGAACAUCAUCUAAUUAUACUGAAUAUAUAGUGCAGAGAAAGUCUGCUGUAUCAAAAAUUUCCCUUUGUAGAUCUGGCCUACAAAAAACAUAUACACUAUUUUAGAAAAUGCUUGAUUAAUGCGACCCAAUGAAAUCUGGACGUAACUUGGAGAUGCAGCACGUAGGAACCUGAAGUACAGAAAAACCAUAAAAAAAACUGAUCUGCUAUUUCUAAAUGAUUUUUUAAAUAUUUUUUAUUAAGCAUACAUCAAGCCUGUCUAUAUAAAAAAAAAAUUUGAUAAUAAUUUAAGUUAAUUGAUGCGAAAUGGACAAACUUGAUACUCUUUUUUUAGAAAUCGAUAAAGCAGUCUACAGGAAAGCAGCUGCAUGUUUUUAUUGCAUUGAUCGUUGUUUUGUGUUAAUGUCUUACUGUAAGUGUAUGUUUAGAUAUAAAUCCAUGCAGGGACUCUGAGCCGAAUGGGAGUGUAUGGGGAUGGGUGUAAAUCUGUAUCACGUCAUGUAUGAAAAAAAUAUGUAUGGGUUGCAACAGUUAAUUGUUUAAAGGAAUCAAAAACGGCACAUGCUCAGACAUUUUCAGGUAGUACACAAAAGCUUUUUUCCCCCCUCUUUUUAAAUAAGUUCAUUUUCUACUGAUUAUCAUUCCUUUUUUGCUUAACACUGGGCGUAGCUGCUGUACCUUUAUGCAGGUUUGCAUGUCUAGCAUUGUCCAUUUCAGAAUUACACGUGUAAUAACUUGUCCACACACACACGAACAUUGUGCAUUAUGUGUAUUUUUGAAAAAAAUGUUUUGUUAAAUGUCUGUGUAUGUAACCAGAUCCUUUCUAAAAUAUAUAUAUAUAUAAUGCUGUAAUUGUUGAUUUAUUUGCUUACGAAUUAAUGGUCCCUAUAAAUACAACAUGUUCAUGGAAUUAUCAUGUUUCUGUUGAAUAUGCCCAUGAAAUUACCAAAAUAAAGAAAUAAUAAUAAUAAUAAUAAUAA